UCCAAUUUUGCGACCCGUUCCGUCUUACAGACAGCCAACAUCAUCAGCUUCACUGUCCCGCGCAGCCAUCAGCGACCUUCGAUAGCCGACUACGAACGACCAGACUCUUUCAAAACUUUCUUUUGCGACCGUUUAUCAAUCUUCUACGAGCCGAAACACGCCUUCCUCGCCCAGAAUACCCAGCGUCUUCGCGCCUAGGGCGACCCAGUAGCUCAUAGCUGCCACGACAAGCGCCACACGGCGAAGUCAAUUGACAUUGAGGUUCUCAGUUGAGAGCUUCGUAUAGUGAUCAUUGUGAGAAAUUGCAACACAGAUUCUUCGGAGCGCCCAUCAUCGCAAUGGAUCCCGAACUCCCGCAGAACGACCAACAAUUCGAGGGUGCGUCUUGGGGAGAAGAUGGAUAUGAAGAAACAAAUGAUAUACAGCAUAGCGACGAACAAAGUCAAGAUCCUGCCUUCCCACUUGAACAAGCUGCGAAUGGUGACUCAGAAGAUGCUGGCGAAUAUGACCCAGAGUCGGUCGCGAUAACUUCAGUUCCAGAGACCGCAGAGCCCAAUCCCCCCGCCGAUUCAACCCCAACUCCUACCGCUUCCACAUCCAUCAAGCCGAAAUCAGGCAAACCCAAAACACAGGGAGGUUUCCUAGUGGGAGACUCCGAUGACGAGGAGGAAGAUGCGCCUACUCCGGCAUCGAACGCUGUUCCUGCUGCUCCUGCCACGCAGACUCCCAUUGCACAAAACCCUCCUUUCCCUUCUGCAUCCACUGCUGUCCAAGGCCAAGUGAGCGCUACCCCAGAGCAGGCGAGCCAGGGUGUCCCCGUGCGAGCGCCAAGUGCGGCAUCGAGUACGGCGCAAGCGCCACCCCCUCCAGCAGCGCAGUCUGUCCCCAGCAGAGACCCGAACGACACUUUUGGCAUCUUGGAGGACCGCGUGAAGGAGGACCCGAGGGGGGAUAUGGAUGCGUGGCUCGCAUUGUUCGCCGAGCAUCGACGCUACGACCAGUUGGAUGAGUUACGCGCUGCCUAUGAGCGAUUCCUCCAGGUUUUCCCCCAGGCUGCCGAUAUCUGGGCCGACUGGGCACAGCUCGAGUUGGACUCCAAUCGCUUCCAGGACGCCGAAGCGCUUUUCAGCAGGUCCUUGGUCAAUGUGCCCAAUGUUAAGCUUUGGACCGUAUACCUCAACUACAUCCGCAGACGAUACGAUUUAAACAACGAUCCCAACGGGGAGUCUCGCCGAAUCCUGAGCAUGUCCUACGAUUUUGUGAUUGCUUCUGUUGGCAUUGAUCGUGACUCGGGUCAACUGUGGAAGGACUACAUCCAGUUUAUCAAGAGUGGCCCAGGCCAGGUUGGAGGCAGCGGUUGGCAGGAUCAGCAGAAGAUGGACCAGUUGCGCAAGGCCUACCAUCGCGCCAUCACAGUUCCCAUGUUUGCGCUUACAGACCUGUGGAAGGACUACGACCAAUUCGAAAUGAGCCUGAACAAAACGACUGGCCGCCAAUUCAUCCAGAAGCGCUCGCCUGCCUACAUGACAGCCAAGGCAGCAAACUCGCAGCUUGAUCGCCUGAUUCCCAGGCUCUCGCGAACUUCGCUCCCUCGCCUGCCUCCUGCACCUGGCUUCCACGGUGACCAGGAAUUCAUGGAGCAGGUUGAUAUCUGGAAGAAGUGGAUUCAGUGGGAAAAGGAGGAUCCGUUGGUUCUCCUGGACGAAGAGCCUGAAGCCUAUAAGACUCGCGUGUUGUACUGCUACAGGCAAGCGUUGAUGGCUCUUCGUUUCUGGCCCGAGAUGUGGGUGGACGCAGCAGAGUGGUGCUUUGCCAACAACAUUGCAAAGGAUGGCAAGGAGUUGGGCCUGUCUUUUCUUACAGACGGCAUUGAGGCCAACCCCGAAAGUGUGUUGCUUGCGCUCAGACAUGGAGACCGUGUGGAAACGACCUACCCGGCCGGAGACGAUGAUGCCAGCAAGGCUGCCCGCGCCAAGGCAAUCAGGGAGCCCUACAGCCGCGUUCUCGACACUUUGUACGCCAUGUCUAAGAAGCUCAAGGAGCGGGAGGAGAAAGAGGUUCGUAAGAUCGAAGAAGCUUCGGCCCAGGACCCGAACAUCAAGGACUCAAUCGAACGCAACGACGAUGAUAUCGACGGCGACAAUCAGCCCGGCGAACUUGGAAAGGAAGAGCGCAUCAACGCCGUGAAGCAGGGAUUCUCGGUACAGACAGAUAUGCUCAAGCGCACCAUUUCGUUCGUGUGGAUUGCGCUUUGUCGGGCUGCUAGGAGGACACAAGGCAAGGGCAACACGACUUCGGGUCUUCGGCAAGUCUUCAUCGAGGCCCGAGGUCGUGGCCAGCUCACCAGCGAUGUCUAUAUCGCCGUUGCGAAGAUGGAAGCUCUCAUCUACAACGACCCAGCCGGUGGUAAGAUCUUUGACCGCGGUGCGAAGCUUUUCCCCGAGGAUGCUAGCUUCAUGCUCGAGUACCUCAAGUUCUUGCACUCCAAGGGUGACACAACAAAUGCCCGUGUUGUCUUUGAGACAUGCGUCAACCGCCUCACACAGAAAGAAGAUAAGAAGGACCAGGCGAAGCAACUAUACUCGUACUUCCACAAGUACGAAUCGCAGUUUGGAGAGCUCUCCUCCAUUGCUGAGCUGGAGAAGCGCAUGUCGGAACUCUGGCCCGCUGACCCCAGACUUUCACACUUUGCAAACCGUUUCUCAGUAGACACAUUCGAUCCCAUCGCCUACCGCCUCAUCAUCUCGCCGGCUGUUCAACUGCGGCCAAAGAUGCUGAUUCCGACCAUCGAGCAGCCGACCUCAGUUCGGCAAUCCCCAAUGGCCUUGCCGGUUCGUCAGACGGCCAGCCCGGGCCCACAGUACAUGGGCGUUACAAACUCUCCAAAGAGACCCUUUGCAGGCGACGAUUAUGAAGAGCUCAACAGGCCACGAAAGCUCGCCAGGGGGGAAUCGCCUCUUAAGGGUGCCGCGGGCCGUCGUCUUGACCAGCAAAGACGCAACCAAGGAGCGCCUCUUUCCCGAGACAUCACUUUCCUCUUGGGUAUCCUACCUCCGGCUCACUCUUAUGCUCACUCGCCCAACGCGUUCCGCUUGAGCGCUCCUAAUCUCGUUGGCCUAAUUCGCGACACCCCUGUGCCUGAUUACAGCGCAUGGAAAACCCAACAAGAGCUCGGCGCUCGACAAAACAACGGGGCUGGUUUCCGGAGGGGUUGGCCCUAAUUUCGACGUCUAUUAUAGACUCGGUCGACCACGUUAGUCGAUAUCUGGUGGCUCAUCAAACAUCGGGAUAAUGCCCAGCACGCUGUGUUGGGACCUUCCUUUUGAUAUUGAGCUUUGGUUCAUGAUUUCGAGGGCAAUGGUUUUCUCACGUUCCUCAAAGGGACAUUGGUCGCAAAGUCUGCGACAUCAGUGUUCUGUAUAAUACAAAAAGUCUUCAAGGGACUCCGCAUGACUGGAGGCGUUUAGGGCGGCGGCGGCGGAUACUUCACUCGUGCGGCUCACAGAAGUAGCACACACUGUUUUUCGUCAAAAAGCAUACGCCACGGCAUCACGUUCGAUGGCUCGUUCGCGCGAUUUGGGGGAUGGGGAUGAAUGGCAGACGGCUACAUGGGAUGCCACGUUGAGGUGUCAUCUAGUUUGCUUGGCUAGCCGCUUGAGUAAUUCAAGGAAAUCUGCUUUUGACAUGCCACUUCCUCCUACUAUAUGAGCUAUAAGAUGGGGACUACUCCUACGCCGACCGACAUCCUAUUCGGUCACCCACUUGCGCACUUGUGAUACGCCUUGAUCAAGGCCCGCGCCACAUAUCAC